AUGGGCAGAAGCGGCAAUGGGUGCACUUUGCUUGUUUUGUGUGCGGGACCGACCAAACGCGCCGUCACCAACGUCGCGAAGCACAACCUCCGCGACGCUCCUACCGACCCCCCCCCCUCCUCGCCCUUCGGCCGCGAUAAACUGUCGCAUCCUCAAGCACAUGUAUCAAGACUACGGCGACCUCGGGUGCUGUCGGGAGCUUCCCCCCACAGCAGCCACCAUGCGCGCGGGGCGCACCACGCAUCGUCUCGGCGAGAAUGCGGCGCGCCUACAUCCACGGUUCACGGCCUAGAUCACAGCGACUCCCGUUCGUCGGCGGAGCAGCUCGUUGGCCUUGCCCUGCUCCCCGGCGGGGGGGAGGGGGGCGCCGCCGAAGGCGGCGGCGUUGCGGAAUGGGGGAGCUCUCCUCAUUCAGUGCGAUCGUGGAUGGGGCAGUCGCUCGCCGAAGGUCCUGAUCCUCGAGGGUGCCGGGGGCGUAGCGUGCCUGCGAUGAGGGGGUCCGGGGGGAGGGGGGACAAUGACGCCUACCAGGCACAACUCGCAGAGGUGCUCGGCAGGUGGGAAGCAGAGCGUGCCAAGACGGCCGAGCUCCAGGGUCGCGCCGCCGCCGCUGCCGGCCUUCAUGAGAGGGUAAGGUCCUCGGCGGGGGCCGCCGCGCUCGCCCAGGCGGAGCUGGAUGAGGCGAGGGAGCAGCUCGAGGCUGAGCGGAGGAGGGGGGAUGCGGCGGAGCGCGAGAUGAGCGCGUUGAGGCUCGAGGGAGAACGUCAUGACGACGAGUUGCGCAUGCUCUGCGCCUCUCGGCGUGGCACGGGGGCGCUUUUUCGCCAGGUGGACGCGCACAAGCGGAAAAUCGAGGCGCUUUCUAAUGACAACGAAGACCUGCUUUCGAAACUAGAGGCUCUCCAGACUGUCGAGAAACGCUCCGAAGAACGGUUGGAACGGUCGGAGGAACGCCUCCGGCAGUCAGAGGGGCUUCGGUCCAAGGAGGCGCACGACGCCAGAGAGUCGCUGCAGGCCGCCCGCAAGGCGCUCGAGGAGGCCGAGGCCGACGCCACGGAACGUUCCCGGGAACGCUCCGCGCGCGCGGCUGGGCUACAGGACGUGCUGAGGGAGCAGGGGGCUCUGCUGGCGGAGAGAGAAGAGAGGCUCGCGGAAGAGCGCUCGGGCCGAGCGGCGGAAAGAAUGGAGCUCCGUGAGUUGCGAUCUAGGGACGCAGGGUACGUCCGGGAGCUAAAAGAGCGCGCCGACGAAAUCGCGGAGCUCAACGAGGCCCUCUCUCAGCUUCAAGAAGAAGAUGUGCAGACGGCAGAGGAAGUGGGGUCGGCCCGCGCUCUGCGUUCGGAAAACGAGGAACUUCAGGCACGCCUCGCGCAGGCUCUUCGACAGGCGUCUGCGGCGGAAUCGUCUGCCCGGGCAGCGGAAGCGCUCGCCAGCAAGGCCAAUGAGGAGUUGGUCCACGAGCUGCGGGACACAAGGGAGCGAUUGCGAGACGUUGAGGGGGAGCGGUCGCACCUCGAGCAACGGCUGGGCGCGGUCGAGGCCCGCGUGUCGGAGGCGGCGCGCAACCGCGCCGACUUGUCCCGCCGCCUGGUGGAGACGGCCAUCGAAGCGGAGCAGGCGGGCGUAGAGAACCAGAGACUGGAGCACCGGGUUCGGGUCAUCUCACGAGCUUUGUCUCUUGACCGACGCUUUGUUCUUGCGCACCUUCUUUUUUGGCUCGUGCACUGGCUCAUGGUCCAGUCCCUCUCGGAAACGUGGGAGGCCGAUGGCGGGGGGUUGGACCUGUCCUCGUCGAGCAGCUCGGACGGCCGGAGACAAAGCGCUGACGAGCCGCCAGCAGGAGGCGUUCCUCUCCGACCGCUACAGGCCGCUUCUGGGCCGGCGGCGGCACAGCAGCAGCAUCAGGACUCGAGAAGACAGGUGGCGGCCCUCCAGGAGCACCUUGCGGCGGCAGAGGCGAGGGCGGCGGCGGGGGAGUUAAACGCCGAGGAGGCGGCGGUGCUGGGGGGCACGGCCGAAGUCGGCAAGGCCUCGCGAGGCAAGGUAGCACUAACGGAGGAGCCAGGUAGCGUCUCUGAGGCUGCCGUCGGCGUGAAGGACUGGCCGAAGGCAUCCCUUGAAGCUGCUCGCGAGGACCAGGCAGAGCUCAGGGACACCAUCGCGUCGUUGCGGAGCCAGCUGGAGGCCGCGCUCACCGCGGCCGUGGCCGACAAGCAGGAGAUGUCCGCCGCCAUUGCGGACGCUCGAGACGAGCUGGCUUUCGAGGCCGACCGAAGGGUUGCCUUGGAGAGAGAGGUCACGACACUGAGAUCGCGGCUGCAACAGGAGCAGCAGCAGCACCAACAGCACCAGGGAGUAGGAGGCGCUGAACAGGCGGGGCGGUCGGCGGAGCAUGAGCGAGUGACGGAAGCGGAGGCCUCGCUGGCGGAGUUGCAAGCGGUCUGCUCGAGGCAGGCGGAAGAUGUAGCGGCGGCUCUCAGGAGGGCAGACGCAGCGGAAGGCGAGCUGGCCGCGGCCCGGGCGAGCAUCGCAGAUCUUGCGGCCGCCUCCGACGCCAGCCUCCGGGGUAAGCUGGAUGCCGCCGAGAGCAAGCUGGAAGAGUACGCCCGCGAGGCCACCGCCGCCCAAGCUGAAGCGAAAGCAGUCAUCAGGGCUGAAGCGGCCAGCGUUCAUACCGCACUCCAGCGGCGGCUACGGGAGGCCGAGUCUCGGGCGAUAUCGCUCGGCGAGGAACUGGAGGCCGCGCUGAGAGCGAAGGAGGAACGCGAUGUGCUAGCUUCGAAGGCGGCGGCGGCGGCGGCUGCUGAGACUCUCAAGCAUGAACGCGCUGCCGAGGAAGCAAUGGCCACCGCGGCGGCGGCGAAGAAGGCGCAGCGGGAUCUCGAGAACCGGCUGGACGAAGCACACGAAGAGCUAGCGGCCGCCAGGGCGCGGUCCGCGCGCGCCAGCGAGCGAUCCGCCGAGUCAGCCACAGACGCCGCUAGGAGGGGCGCCGAAGCGACGGCGGAGCUGCGGGCCGUCCGGGACGACCUGGGAACCCGGGCCCGGGAGGCGGAGGCGACGGCGAGGGCAGCCGAACAGCGGGAGAGGGAGGCGCGGGCGGAGGCCGGCAACGCCGCGGCGAAGCUGAGCGCGGCCAGGGCAAAGGGCGAGUCCAUGGAGGCCGAUCUAGCAGCGGUUCGCGCCUGGGCGGAGGCGGGAUCGAAGCGGGCGGGGGCGUCCCUGUCGGCCCUGCAGGCCCGCGCGAACGGGCUGGCGGCGCGUGCCGAGCGCGCGGAGGGGGCGCUGGCGACCUCCCGAGCCGACCUCGAGGCACGGGGGUCCGCCCUUGCGGCCGCGGCGGAGAGGGCUAGGGAGGCAGAGGGCGAGCUCGAGGCCGCCGUAGCGGCGCACACGCGGGCAGAGUCCGAGUUAAGGGACCGCCUGGAGAAGGACAAAUCCGAGGCCGUUCGAAGCGCCAGGGCUAAGGCUUCCGAGGAACAAGCGCGGCUGGAGGCGGAGAGGUCUGAGGAGUUGGCUGACCUUCGGGAGCGGCUAGAGGAGGCGGACGCGAGAGCGGGCGCGGCGGAAGAUAGGCUAGCGCGGGCGCAGGGGGAGGCGCUAGCCGCGCAAGAGGCUGAGUCGGCCACGGCGGCCGAGGCGAGCUCGGCAGCGGCCCUCCUCGGGGCAGAGCUCUCUGCCGUGAAGCAAGAGCUAGCGCAGGCGAGGGCCACCCUAUCCGCGGAGCGGGAGCGCGCGGCGGAGGCACAGGCGUCGGCCGCGGAGCUCGCGAAGGAGGAGGUCCUCCGCGCGGAGCAGACGGCGAGCACGGCGACCGCGGCCCUGAAGCACGCGCUGGCGGAAGCCGACGCGAGCGCGGCCGAGGCAAGGAGCGCCGCCGACGCGACGGAGGAGGGACUCCGCGCUCUGCUGACGGCGGCCGAGAGGGACGCGGAGGUGCGGUCGGAAGCCCUCGCGGCGAGCGAGGAACGAAGGGCGGCGGCGGAAGCAGCGCACGAAACCGCGCUAGAGCACUCCAGGUCGGAGGCUUCGCGGCUGGUGAGCGAGCUCAGGGCUCAGCUCGCGUCGAAGGAGGCGAGAGCCGACGCCGCCGCCGAGGCCUUGGCUCGAGAACGGGUACAGGCAGCCGCCGUCGCCGAAGACCUGGCGAAGCUCCAGGUUACGGCGAGAGACGCUCAGUCCCGAGAAAAGAGCCUCAAGGGGGAGCUGUCCGCCGCGCGCGCGGCGGCGGUGGCGGCCGAAGAGGCCAAGAUCGCGGCGGCGGCCGCGGCGAGGUCGGAGGUCGACCGGCUCGAGCUCGAGGUGGACGAGCUCAAGGACGAAGUCGCUCACGUUAAGGCCACCCUCUCCGCCCACCGCUCUAGCGCGGCCGCGCAGGGGGCGGCGCACGCGGAGGCGUUCGAGCGCGUGGAGGCCGCGGCGCGGGAGGCGAAGUCGGCGGCACGGGCCACAGAAGAACGCCUCUGCGCUGCCCUCGAGAAGGCCGAGAGGGAUCUAGAAGCGCGCUCGGCCGGGCUGAUUGCCGAGCACCGGGAGCGGGAGGAAGCGGUGAAGGCCGCCGGCGACGUGGCGCUGACGGAGGCGGUGGCGCAAGUCACGCUGCAGCUUGACGAUGAGGUCACCUCGGCGAGGGAGCAUGCCGAAGCCAGCGCUCGGGAGAGCGCCGCGUGGCGGGCCCGGGCGGAAGAGAAGGACGCCAACCUGGCGAGGCGCAGCGAAGCCGCGGCGGUGACCGAGGCUGCCACGUUGGCCGAGCUCGCGGCGUCCAGGGACGCGGAGGCGGCGACGACGGCCGCGGCGGCCCGGCUGAAGCUCGAGGUUCAGGCGCUUGAGUCGGAGGCCGAGAGGGUCCGGGCCGAGGGGCAGGAGGUCGAGUCGGUCGCGAACGCCGCUGUCGCCGCCGGAAAAGCCAAGGCGGUCCGCCUGGGGGAGGAGGUGGAGGGCCUGCGCAAGGAGCUUGCCUGGGAGCGGCAGGAGGCGGAGGAGAAGCUGACUGAAGCGCGGGCACAGGCUCUCAUAUCACCAAGCGCGAAGCGCCGUGAGACAUUCGGCGGGUCGCCUGAAGGGUGUGCUGCAUCCUGCUAA